CUAUAAGGGCGGGCCAUGGCGCUGUGGCGGGCGACGCGAGGCCGGGCUCUGGAGCGGCAACGGGAGCGGGAGGCGCAGAGCCGGCUGCGCUGGGAGAGCUACAGCCGCUCGCUCGCCCGCGCCGCGAUCUGCUGCUCCGCUCAGGCCCGGUGGAGCGCGCCGCGGGGUGCGCGCAGCCCGAGCUCGGGGCGGCGGCAGGCGGCGGAGCGGCUGGAGCAGCGCAGGGAGCGGCUGCGGGAGCUGCUGAGCGAAGAGCGGGACGCGCUGGAGGCGGAGCUGCGUGCGGGCGGCGGGACGGAGCCGGGAGGGGCGCGGGAGCGCUGCGCGGAGCUGAGGGCCGCCCGCGAGGAGCGGAGGAGGCGGGUCGCCGAGCGAUUGCUGCGCCAGCACUGGAAGCAGAACUGCGCUGAGCUCCGGGAGGUGGAGUCAGAGCUGCACAAGAAAAAUGUGGUGGAGUCCUGGGGUGAGCAGUUGAAGCAAAAGCAGCAGCAAGGAGCAAUGGAACGAGAAGAGAGAAAGCUUUAUGAAAAUGAGUAUGAAAUUGCACGAAGGGAAGCUCUGGAAAGAAUAAGACAAGAGGAAGAGAAACGUCGGCUGGAAAACAAGAAGCAAGCAGAGAUCUUGCUUCAACAGAUAGAAGAACUGAAAUUACGGGAGGCAGAGGCAACAAAGCUGAAGAAAGAACAAGAAAAUUUAUUAAAGCAGCAGUGGGAGCUGGAAAGCUUAGAAGAAGAAAGAAAACAAAUGGAAGAGCACCGGAAGAAGACUGAGCUUGGUCGCUUUUUGAGACAUCAGUGUGAUGCCCAGUUAAAGAGACGAGCCCAGCAAAUACAGGAGGAGCUGGAAACAGACAGACAAAUCUUAUUAGCCCUCCUCGAGAAAGAAGAAGAGGAUCAGCGCUGCCAGUCUGAAAGACGAGAGCGAGCUGUUGCAGAUGCUGCCUGGAUGAGAAGUGUCAUUGAGGAACAGCUCCAGUUAGAAAAGGAGAGGGAGGCAGAGCUACAGGUCAUUUUUAGAGAAGAAGCAAGAAAAGUGUGGGAGAAGAGGGAAGAACAAUGGGAAAAAGAGAAGAUGGCCAGGGAUCGCCUUAUGAAUGAGGUCCUUGCAGGCAGGCAGCGCCAGAUCCAGGAGAAGAUGGAGUUAAACAGACAGGCCCAAGAAGAGUCUAUAAAACACCGAGAGCAACUGAUUAAAGAACUUGAGGAGGCAAAAGAACUGACAAGGCGGGAGAGAGAGCAAGAGAAGGAACUGAAGACAGCUCGCAGACAGGAAUUGGAAGCUCAGCUGACAGAACAGCGCUUACGAGAACAAGAGGAGCAGGAACGCCAGAGAGAGGAGGAGGAGGAGGAGAGAUCAAACAAGCAGCGCUGUGCAGAGCUGGUGCAGCAGGAAGCCAGGAGCAUGGCUGAGCAGGGCUACUGCAGCAGGUAGCAGUGCAGCAAGGAAGCCUGCAGGUACAAGUCAUCCUAAUGCUCAGGAAGGAUGACAGCUUCAAAUGUGACAGUAAAUGUUAUCAGUUGUUAAAAUUCUUGCUGCAGUGCAUCUCUGCUGUUCAAUCUUUUCCUCUUCUGUUGUGCUAAAAAUGUAUCUGAGUUUGAGUUACUCAGCUUAACCACAUACCCGGAAGACCAUGUUUCUCAUACUAAAGUAGGAACAGGCAACUUGCCUCUCUGUCAUUUAAUAUUGUCAUUUAAUAGAUAGUAGCUAGAAGAGCCAGAGAAAGCUGAAAAGGGAUGUUACUGCACAAUAGCAUCGACUAAAAGUGACUUAUUUUUCAUGACAGAUAUUCUGUAUUCGCUACUUUGUAUCCUUUGCUUGCUGAAUAGCAUGUGUGCAAGAUUAAUGAUAAAGCCCAUAAAGUAGCCA